AUGGCGAAAAAGUCACGAUCCAAGCGCUCUAGAAAGAUAGCUCAGAAUGCUCUUGAAAUUGCCACUCGGGAGCUUGAUGAGUCAAGUGAUAACGAAUUAAGCUAUAAAAAAGAUUGGCAUCAAAAUGGGACUGUCAUCAAUGCGCAAAAGAAUUCCGACCAGGAGGGCAGCGAUUUUGAGGACGAAGAAAUAGAUUCAGAUGAAGCGUUGGGAUCUGAUGAUGACUAUGAUGUGAUGAGCUCUAAGUUCUCUCAAACUCUUAGAGAUAAGAGGAAGAACGCAGAAUAUGAUGAAGAUGAAAUGGAUGGGUACAUAUCUCUCGAUGAAAACGAUCUCCUGCCUUUGUCACAGGUGUGGGAUAUGGAUGACGCCCAAAAUGGUUCAGAAACAGAAAAUCCAACCGAAUUACAACUAAAUGAUGAUUUAUCCGAGAGCGAGUUGAGUCAAGACUCUGAAUCGGAUGAUGAAAGUGAAUCAGCAGAAGAAGAAGAUCCGUUUGAUGAAAUUUCGGAAGAUGAGGAAGACCUGAAUUUACAAACAAUCACUGACAACUUAUGUAAGAAAACAGAGAAAGCCAACUAUAGGAAGUUGGAUAAUGGCGUCUAUGGCGAAGAAAACGAGUACUCUUUGCCCUCAUUCAAAGCUGGACAAAAGAAACUCAACUUGAAUGAUCUGAUGAGCGUAGUCGAAGACAAGGCAGCUGUUGAAAAAGCUUCUUUAAUCAAAAAUAAGCCAAGUUCGUUACCAGUGCCUUUGCCGCAACGUAUUCAGCAAAGACAUGACAGAAAAGCUGCCUAUGAAAUCUCAAAAGAAGAGGUCAACAAAUGGAAAGAUACUAUCCAACAAAACAGACAAGCAGAACAUCUGACGUUUCCUUUAAACUCCUCAGCUCAGCAUAAUGAGAGUACAAUGUUAGUCAACUCUACCGAGCAUCCUGUCAUGGAGCUUGAAAAAAGAGUUACAAAGGUGCUCAAAGAAAGUAAUCUUGUCAGUUUAGAGAAAGAAUCUACGUUUGAAGAAAUCGCUACUGCUAAGAUUGAUCCAGAUGAAAUGAGAAAGAGAACCAGAGAGCUCAGAUUGAUGAGGGAACUGAUGUUUCGCGAGGAAAGGAAGGCGAAGAGAAUCAAGAAGAUUAAAUCGAAGGCCUAUCACCGGAUAAAAAAGAAAGAGCUCACAAAGAAUCAAGAGCUGAUUGAAGAUUUUGAAGAAAGCGAGGAUGAACAGGAUAUUGCGAGAGCAAGAGAGCGCAUGUCGCUCAAGCACAAAACUACGUCUAAAUGGGCUAAGGACAUGAUUAAACAUGGCAUGACAAAAGACAAGGAAACUAGAGAAGAAAUGGAAGAGAUGCUCAAGCAGGGGGAACGGCUUCGGUCUAAAGUUAUGGGAAACAGCUCUGAGGACGAUAGUGAUGAUCGCAUAAGUGAUUUGGAGAACGACGAUAAAGGGAAUUUUCCUGAAACAGACAUAUCUAGAAAUAAUGUUGGAAAAAGUGGAGUGAUGAAUAUGUCAUUCAUGAAGAAAGCAGAAGCUAGACAGGCAGAGUCCAAUAGAAAAACCAUUGAAGAUUUAAAAGCUUUUGAAAAUGGCAACAAAAAUAUAUUUGAUGAUGAUAUUGAACACGGAAAAACUGGUGCAAAUAUCAACUUGAAUUUGGGAAGAAGAGUAUAUACGCCAAGUGCUAUGCAAUCGAGUAACGAAAUGGAGGUGCUGGAACAUGGAAAUGGAAGUGAAACUGAAGAAGAACCGACCCGUUCCGCUGUCAAUUCAACUCAAAACGUAAGUGAAAGGUCAAAGGACAAAAGAGGAUCAUCGAAUUUGCGCUCAAAAAAUUCUGGAAGUAUAGAUGCCACUUCGCAAAAUGAACCUAAUCCUUGGCUACCUACCGAAGACGAGGGAAAGUCACGAAAAUCGAAUAAAAUCAAAAUUGUGGAUGAAAACAGUUCUAAGCUCACCAAAAGUGCGAAUAAAAUAGAGAAAAAAAGGGCAAAGCAAACACGUCAAUCGGAUGAACGCUCUCACGACGAGGAGCCUUUGCUUGAUGUUGAGAAUGCUGAUAAGCUCCAGCUCAAUAAUCAUAAUAAUGGCACCCUAUCUGACGAAGGUAUAGUUUUUAAACAACAAGAUUUGAUUGCCGAAGCUUUCGCAGGCGAUGACGUGGUAGAUAAAUUUCAACAAGAAAAAAAAAGAGUCGCGAUUGAUGAGGAUGAUAAAAUUGAAGACGUUACUCUUCCUGGAUGGGGAGAUUGGGCUGGAGCAGGAGCAGCUCCCACUAAAAAGAGAAAAUUCAGCAAGAUCAAAGGCACGGUCAGAAAAGACAAAAGAAGAGACAGAAAUCUAAAAAAUGUUAUCAUCAAUGAAAAGGUCAAUAAAAAGAACUUGAAGUACCAAUCAUCUGCUGUUCCAUUCCCAUUCGAGAGUAAGGAGCAAUACGAGAGGUCGCUGAGGAUGCCUCUAGGCCAAGAGUGGACCUCUAGAACUUCACACCAAGGCCUCAUCAAACCAAGAAUCUUAACCAAACCAAGUACGGUCAUUGAUCCGCUCAAAGCUCCAUUUAAGUAG